UAGAUUAUUGAGAGACACACAUCAAUCGCCACAUGGAGCAGUGUACCUGUCAUUGUAAUGAAUGAAUGAGAAGACGGAGGAGGAAUGCAGUGUUUUCGGUUGGAGGUUUCUCCCCAAAAGUUUAUGCGGCCAAUGAGGUGAUGAACUUUACUCUCGGCUUCAAGCCCCCAGCAGCAGGCAGUUCUGGGCCAGGAGCUAGCAGUGGAGUCACUAUGGAGAACCUGGAGAAGCAGCUGAUCUGCCCCGUCUGCCUGGAGCUGUUCUCCAAACCCGUAGUGAUCCUGCCCUGCCAGCACAACCUCUGUCGCAAGUGUGCCAACGACAUCUUCCAGCAGUCAGCUAAUCCUCUGUGGCAGUCCCGAGGCUCUUCGAGCAUCGCUGCCAGCGGCGGCCGCUUCCGCUGUCCGUCCUGCCGCCAUGAGGUGGUGAUGGACCGCCAUGGAGUGUUCGGCCUGCAGAGGAACCUGCUGGUGGAGAACAUCAUCGACAUCUACAGACAGCAGGAGUCCUCCAGGCUUGUAAACAUGAAGCCAGAGCAGCAGCAGCUGAUGUGUGAAGAACAUGAAGAGGAGAAGAUCAACAUAUACUGCUUGUCCUGCCAGACGCCGACCUGCUCCAUGUGCAAAGUGUUCGGACAACACAAAGACUGUGAUGUGGCUCCGCUCAGCAGCGUUUACAUGAGACAGAAGACAGAGCUGAGCGACGGUAUCGCCAUGUUAGUCGCCAGUAACGACCACAUCCAGGCAGUCAUCUCUCAGAUGGAGGAAAUCUGCCACACUGUGGAGGACAACGGUCAGCGACAGAGAGAACACCUGGCCAACCAUUUUGACAACUUGGUGUCCAUCCUGGAGGAGCGGAAGCAGGAGUUGGUGGGUGUCAUUACCAAAGAACAGGACGAUAAGCUCAAACACAUGAGGUCCCUCAUUCGUCGACACAGUGAUCACCUGGAGCGUGCUGUCACUCUGGUGGAGUCGGCCAUACAGUCCAUGGAGGAGCCACAUAUGCCUUUGUUCUUACAGAGCGCCAGAGUCAUAUUGGAAAAAAUGGCAGCGACAGCAAGGGCCUCGAACAUUGAGCGUCCGGAGCUCGGUUAUGAGAGCAUGAGCCACUUCAUGGUUGAUACUGACGACCUCGCUGACAUGCUGAGGAACAUUGAUUUCUGCUCCAGUAUGUCCAACACAAAAGCACAUCUUUUACAGGGUGUGGGGGAUGAUGAAGAUGAUCUUGAAGAAACGGAGUCAGAAUUUGACUUCAGCUCCAGAUAUUAAGACCAAAAGAGAAGUAGCUGAUUGCUCUUGAAGAACUUUUUACUUUGAAAGAUUGAACAUUUGAGAGAAAAUGAUUUGUCAUUCUUUGAAAGACUACAAGAAGGAGAAACGGCGUGUUUGUGGCUGUGACUCUGGAUCACCCUGUUGACCUGUAUUGAUGAAUCGAUCAGGAUUUUGCUUGGCCAAGGCUUUGUGGUGUGUUUGAUUUUGGUUUCGUCACACUCCUCGCAUUACUCAUUCAGCUUCCGGUGCAGUCAUUAAUUGGUGAGGAGCUCAGAGUUUGCAGAAAUAUAACAAUGUCCUUUCUCCACUUGUAAUGCGUUUUCACAAGCAAACUUAACAUAUAUUAGUCUACAGAGUCUGAUGUAAUGUAAUGUAAAUUAGCCCCAGGGACCAAUAUGGAAGAUUUCAAUUUUUGAGUCCUUUUAGUCCUGAAUUAUUGAACUGUCUACACUUUGUGGAGGGACUGGAUGAUAUUGUGAAAACAAUUCACAACAAAUGUAGUUUUCCUCAUUAAAACUAGAUUUUCACAGUGAUAACAGCCAUGUGAGGUUCUGUGACUACACUUAUAAAAAGACAAAGUCUGACCACUAUUACAACAUUUGAAGUAGUCUUCUUGUACAGCAAUGCACUGCUCCCAGUGUGAGAGUGAAGAGUUCUGCUGAGAUAAUAUGGCACUAUAAAGUCUUUAAGAUAUGGUGGAGAUUGAUCAUUAAGAGAAGGAUUUUAAAGUCUAUUCUAGAUUUCACAAAAGCCAAUGAAGAGAAGCCAGUAUAGCAGAAAUAUGAUCCCUCUUGCUAACUCCCAUCUGUACUCUCACUGCAUAAAACAUUUCACCACAAAGCCCAAAUAUCACAUUGUGGUUCAAACUGUGAUAACCUUUAUGUUAAAAGAGCAUCACUGGUGAUGAGUUAGGUUAGAUCCACAGUUACAACCCAGAGAACAAGCAGCUGACUUUGUAAGUGGAAGAGCCAGGACUGAAGAAGGCACAUCAGGGCAGCAUCAUGACAAAGAGCAUGCUUGUUACUUUGUUUGACAUUCAAGUGGUUGUGCAUCGUAAAUCUGUUCCCAAGGGUCAGAUUGUAUUUCCAAUGUACCAUUUGAGUGAGAAACCACCUGGACUGUUCUACAUUUACAGAGAGGUACCUCUAGGAAUGGUCCAAAUGUGGCAGGAGCACUGGGAGCAUCACUGCACACGGUAGAUAUUUUGAAGGGGGUAGCAGCCAAAUCAGGUCUGGUUUUUGCUUUUUAUGGACCCAAAUUUUGAACUUCCUGAUUCAAGUGUAACAAAAGAAAACCACCACUAGUGAAGUUAUGAUCCUUCUACAUGCAGGAGCAACUUUGCAACAUGGCUGUUUCCAACGCGCCACAAAUGUCUAAAUGGGAACCAUGUCUUCUAUGAUUUUCUUCUACAAUGCCCUGUCUCGUCAUAGAGGUGACAGUGGAACGUGUUUAGCUGGUUUUUAGAUGUGUUUUGGAACUGAGAUGGGAAUGGGAAGAUUAGAGUAAGAUGUUGACACUGGUUUGUUGUGCUGCCACCUUUAGGUGAAAACUAAGUUUGAUGUUCUGCUAAACAUCUAAUGAUCAUUUUUCUGCCUUAUUUCAUUGACAUUGGUAAGUGUGAUUGAAUAGUAACACAACAGAAAAUACACCAUUUCUCUCAGAAAUUGUUGCAAUUGCAAAUGUUUUUGGCAUACAUGUGUUUAUUUCCUUGAUGUGCACUGGAAAAACCCAAAAAAGCAAAAGAAAAAAGCCAAAAUUGGCAUCAUUUUACACAAAAUUCAAAAAAAUGGGCCGGACAAAAUUGUUGACACCCUUUUAAAACUGUGGGUAUACCAUUUUAUUUCAAACAUGUGAUGCCUGUUUAAACUCACCUGUGGCAAGUAAAAGGUGCUGGCAAUAUAGAAAUUACACCUGAAGCCAGUUAAAAUGUAUAAAAGUUGACUCAACCUUUGUGUUGUGUGCCAACACAAAAACAUUUGAAACUGCAACAAUUUCUGGGAGAAAUGGUGUAUUAUUUGGAAAAAUUCCAGGGGUGUCAAUACUUUUGUCCAUAACUGUAACAAGUAGAAGUACACUUUCAGACCUUAAAGACAUUUUCCAGUUUAGGAAAAAGAACAAAAACAUAAAGUUAUCUAUCAGGACACAGUAACAGUGGGUGACCUCAGAAUUUAUCUUGUGAGACUGAAGGUGGGUCAAGAAUUAUCAUUAUUAACUGCUGUCUGAUAGCAACUCGAUAGCUUCAUCACAUCUCUGACUCUUCAAACUUUGUGGCUCUGAAAUGAAGCUAAUUGAUGUCUAAAAGCAAGAGAAAGCUAUAAAAAGAUAGCAAAGUGCUUCCAGUCUGCAAUUUUCACCAUCUGAAAUGUCACAACUAAAUGGCAGUUGAAAGGAAUUGAGGAGCUCAAGACAAGAUAUGAAAAAGAGAAAACUUUUAGAUAAAGCUGCUCAUCUGCUGAGCAGAAAGGAAAAGUAAAAACCAACAUCUGACUGCAGAGAAAUUUCAGAGGGGGGGUUAGCAGACACAGAGUUGAUGGUGUACAAACAAGGCAUAUGAGGGAAGUCGUACCUGCAAAAUCAAAGCAAAAGUCAACAUCAGAAAUCUGCAAAGCAACAUCUGGAAAAGACAGACUUCUUUUGGAAGCAGGUGCUGCUGACAGAUCGUUUGGCCAUAAUCACCAAAAGUAUGUUUGGAAUGAAAAAAGCUCAUUUUGCCUACUGUAUGGGGGUGGGGACAUUCUGCUUUGCGGUGGUGUGGCAGCCAGAAACUCAGGAAACACUUCACAGAUAGAGGGAAUUAAAUAUCAGCAGUCUGGAAACAAAUGUUCUGCAUCCCGACUUUGUAGCUUUCCAGUUGCUUUUAGCUGGAGGGGUUGUGUUGCUCUAAGUUUCCCUUUAAAACACCUCAAAGGUGUUCUACUGGAUCCAAGUCAGGGGACAUACUUCUCCUUGUCAUAAUUUCACUUUGUUCUUCUUUAGAACCCCUUUGUAUAAUUUUGGCACUUCACUUUGAUUCGUCAUUAUGUUGAACAGGAAGUUGUUUUGUCAGCCAGUAUUUUGUUGGAUCCACAGGCCUUUAUGGUGCCAUCAAUAAAUGUCAUCUUCCAAACA